AUGGCUCUUGCAGCCGUCGUUUACUCGCUAUCAACCCGUGCAGAUUCUGCCACAUUGAAUACGCCAGAUUCACUCCCACCAGGUGCCAAUCAGUACAGAAGUCUACCUGGCAUAGUCUGGAGCUGUUUGACUACAAUCUUCCUGUGCAUCUGGGUCUCCCUCCAUCUGAACAUUCCCGAGCCUGUGGACACUAGACGCUUGAAUCGCUUUGAACGAUUCAAAUUCCGGAUAAAAUCGUUCAUCCGAUGCAAUGUGGUCCCUGUCCUUGUCACAUUGUUGAUUCCUGAAUGGGUUCUGGGUAUGGCCGUUCGGCAAUCCAUCAUGGCCUCCCAAGUAGCCAAUGAGAUUGAUGCCACUCGUCAACAGGGAUUCUUCAUUAUCAUGGGCGGCUUUCAUCUCUUUAACCGAAUUCAACCCACUUCAUUGAAUGAGAGUACGGAGAGAGUUGGAGAGGAGACUCACCCGUUGGUUGAGAAAUCGGCCUUGGAAGUAGGAGAUGGUCGACAUAACCAUGCACCGAGUCAAAAGAUGGCAACUAUAUUUGAAGAAGAAUUUGGAGAGCCUGUUCACCCCCUCGAUGAGGUUGACGUUUGUCAUCUGAUCAAGGCUGGGAAACUUCGCCUCCCUACAUCCGCAGAGUUGGAAGACAAGUGCAAGAGCGAUGGACUCGCAAAGUUUCUCGUCGUAACCCAAACACUCUGGUUCAUCGCUCAAUGUAUUGCACGGAAAGUCAGCAAACUUCCACUCACCGAGCUUGAAGUCAUUACGCUCGGCUAUACCUUGCUCACCUUAUCACUGUACAUUGCAUGGUGGGACAAGCCAUACCGCGUAACAUUCCCUAUACGUGUGUAUGAAGCACUCCCUGAACGUGCCCAGGGGGAAAUUUUGGGGAAGCUUGGACGUGUGAUCGGCGUUUCUCUAAGCUCCAUCGUGGGUGCUCAAUCUGGGUCUGUUGACCUGCGGAGUGUGAAACGAGUUCCAAUGUUCCACGCCGGACACAAUAAAGGUUCCAGCGGCCUUGGUGGUAUGGUGACCGCCGUCCUUGCUGGGUCACUAUUUGGUGCCGUCCAUUGUCUUGCAUGGUCAUCGCCCUUUUCAUCCAGCCAUAUACAAUAUCUCUGGAAAUUUGCAACUAUAGUCAUGACUGUAGUGCCACCUACAGCUGUCAUAGGUACAAUCUUCGUUGCAGUAAUUAGUGACAAGUGCUUUAGCUUGGCUGGCUUGAGCUUGAUCUUCAUCCCAUUCUUACCAAUCCUCUAUCUUGUUGGAAGGGCUAUGACGAUUAUACUUGCGUUGAAGAUGCUCGAGGCACUCCCACUCGAUGCUUAUCGAGACGUAGAGUGGUCCGAUUUCUUCCCCCAUAUCUAG